AUGAUGUUUACUCUCAUUAUUGCCCUCCUCACCGUUCACUCCCUAGCAAGGCCUCCCCCACCAAACGGGAAAUAUGCUAAGAAGGUCUCUAAUGUUACGACUGUUGGUGCUAGUUUUGCCGCUGAGGAGCCUGAGGUCGAACUAAGCGUUUCAUGUGGCGUUGGUAAGUAUUACGAGUCACUGCCUUUGAAGGUUGUGAGGACGCGAUUUGAUGUAUUCGAAAUUGCUCAUUCCGACACGAAUCCAUAUCGGGCCUACCUAGCUUACAUCAGAAUGGUAUGUCCGAGACUCCAGUUGAAGGAACCUGAUUUCCACACGUUCUACUACCACGGUUACACUAAUACCAUCAAGACAAGAGUAUUGGACGGAAUCAUCACUCUAGAGAAGGAGUAA